ACUCGCAACAUUUUGGCGCUGUGCUUUCAGUGCGGCGCUUGACUAGAUGCUGCGUGUAGGUAGCUGUGCGUUUUAAUUAUUACACAAAGGAACAGAUCUUAAUAUUUUAUUUUUAUACUGCUUUCUUAUUUUAUACUUAUCCUGUGAUGCCUGCUAGUCUGUUCAAUGAAAUGGAGCGCAACGGCAUGCCUUUCGAAGGUCAAAGAUUGUACGACUUAGCGUUGGAGAUGUCUAUGAUUGAUCUGCACAACGGAAAUGAGUCUUUAAGUAAUUCCUACGAUGGAGAGCCCAGGAGCAAAAAAAGCCAAAAUACGACGGAAUGUGUACCCGUCCCAAGCUCUGAGCACGUUGCGGAAAUCGUAGGAAGGCAAGGUUGCAAGAUAAAAGCACUAAGAGCAAAGACAAAUACCUACAUCAAAACUCCUGUGCGAGGAGAAGAGCCAGUAUUCGUUGUUACAGGCAGAAAGGAAGAUGUCAAUUCUGCAAAACGUGAAAUUCUCUCUGCAGCUGAACAUUUCAGCCAGAUACGAGCUCAAAGGAAAAAUAACCUCAACGGAACCCUUAUACCAGGUCCCAACUCUAACAUUCCAGGCCAGACGACAAUCCAAGUCAGAGUUCCAUAUCGUGUCGUGGGACUGGUUGUAGGGCCCAAAGGUGCAACAAUCAAACGAAUUCAACAGCAAACUAACACAUAUAUUGUUACUCCAAGCAGAGAUAAGGAACCAAUCUUUGAAGUGACAGGUUUGCCAGAUAACGUAGAAAGUGCUCGAAAAGAAAUAGAAGCCCACAUUGCCAUGCGAACUGGUGGUUCAGUUGAUGCAGUCGAUGAUGAUUUCAAUUCAAAUGCUCUGGAAUCUUUCACAAAUAACCUUAAUGCCAUAAACAGCUCUCUUUUUAAGACAGAUAUGGGCAAUGGUUUUGUUUGCCCUUUUCCUCGUGAUAGCAAUAAUCUUUUAGAUCUCCAUCCUGGGGACAACAUUUUUAAUUUUUCGGCUUCCACAGGCCGAAAUUCAAAGCAGAAUGAUAUGUUUAACAAUAUCUUUGGUUUCGGUAGUAACUUCGGGCUUUACGAUGUUGACGAGGGCCUUGGGGAUUCCCCAACUUUUGAGGCACCUGGUGCUUCUCUCAGUGCCUCAUCAUGGCCUGAUUUCGGAACAUCUACUCUGACAGAUAGUGGGAUUUCAUUGUUUGGUUCGACAUCUAUAAGUGGGAGCAGCACAGGAUUAUCAGAUUUGUCACAGAGAAGUAAUAGCAUUAGUGGUGCACUCACAGAUCUCAUAGUCGGAGAUCAUCCUCCUGCUCGACGAAUUAGAAGUGACCCUCUGACAGUUCCAGAAGUUGGGGAUAUUCUUUGUAAUCUGGGAAGCACAAUAUCCAUGUCUUCUUUCUCUCCUUUGGCAAGCACAUCACCAGUGACUUUAGCUUCUGGAUUUCCUGCCGCUGCAACAAAAUGCACAAGCAGCUCUUCGAGCAGCCCCAUCGAAUCAUUGGCCCCAGGAAAUAAAUCUAAACGGGAGUGUGUAAUGUGCUAUGAGAGUGCUAUUGUUGCUGCCCUUGUGCCAUGUGGCCAUAACCUGUUCUGCAUGGAAUGCGCCAAUCGAAUUUGUGAAAAGUCAGGUUCAGAAUGUCCGGAAUGUCACACACCUGCUUCCCAAGCCAUUCGCAUCUACUCCUAAGGACCUAAGGCAGCUUCUGAAAUAUCAAGUCCUGGCAAAAGUGCCAGAGCCAAACGAUUUUGCAUUCUCAUCUUUUUUUAUUUGUUUAUAUCUUCACUUUGUGUGUGAGUGUAUGUCUCCAUGCCCAUAGUCACUAACUUGGUCUCCCCAUCAUUUAAUUCCAUAUAUCCAUCUAAAGAAGAUGGUGUUAACUUAUAUGAGUAGAUGUAAGAGCUGUGUAUUUUGCUGCAUCACAAUCUCGAGUAUAAGAUGGAGUAUUAAUUAUUAUAAAGAUUAUAUUCUUUGAUGUCUAAUUUGUAUUUAAGAACUGUAAAAUGAAGCUACUUAUUCAGGUGUAUAUUCCACAUAUGAACUUUUUAAACUAUGUAGUUUUAAUUGUCAUGUGUAUGUAAUAUUUGCACAUAUAUAAUUUGGUUGCCAUUUGAAAUGAAUAUCUUUAGAGUCCUGAAGCUUGUUUCAGGAAUAUUUUAUCUUUACGAAUUUUAUAGUCAGUUAUCACCCCUCCUUGUUGCUGCAUAUGUAAGUCUUGUGAUUUGUGACAGUUAAACUUUCUGUGCAGCCAAGGAACUAAUUUGCACAAAAAAGAGGUUUAGUAAUUUGCUAUUUUUAAUAUUGUUUAGUAUUCCUAUUUUAAUAUAUUUAUGUGGUUUCUGUAUAUGUAGGCGAAAUAUUUUAAUUAUAGUAAUGUUUUUAUUUUAAAGCCGAUAGUGGCUGUUAUUAUAUUCAGAUGAGAACUUAUAUUUGUCUAUUUUUCUGCAUUAAAUUUUUGAGUGCAACGUAUAAAGAAUGUUGAAUAAUUAUAUUUUCAUUGUAGUCUUCCAGACUUUUAUUUCUUAAUGUUGCGUUUUGCAUAUUUUUCUUUUUUGUUAUGAGAAAGAUUUUGCACUUAUUUUCUCUCAUUUGUUAUGUAAAAUAAGUAGCUUUACGUAUUCUUGAAAGAAAAAAUUUUAAAAAAUAUAUAAAAAAUAAGUAACAGUGCUUUGUGAUUAUUGUUAAAUGCUGUCUUGUAUCCCUGUUGCAAUAAGUAUGUAGACAAAUUUUGAGAGCUUUCUCGGAAGAAGAGCUCUUGUAUUUAUAUGCAAUUUCUAACUUACAAACAUCAAUCUGCAUAACUUGGUGCGUUUGUGGAAAAUAAGAUAGUUUCUGCAAUGUGUUUCUAUGGUAAGUUUGCUAUUUAUGACAAGUGUGCUUGCAAGUGAUCUCUAGAUCUGAAAGAUUUGCCAAUGUUGUUAGCGACCAGUCUAGUAUUUAAGUCGGAAAGGCACUCCAAGUUUGUAACUGCUCACAAUUUUACAAUAUCAGUAUUGCUACUAUUUGUAAACAGUGCUAAUAUAAUGUUGCCUUAUCAGGGACAUGCUGUGUAUAUGCCAUUAGUUGUGUAGCUGUUGUAUGGUUUUACUUAUUUUCCUUGUACAUUAGUCCUGAUGUAGAAUGCUUCUGAUUUUUAUGUGUUUUUAAUGUUAUAUAUAGAAAAAGGAUGUGCGAGUGUCAAAACAAUUUAUAGUAGUUUUUCUGAGUGCAUUUACUUUAUUCAGUCUUGAUAACAGAAUGAAUCAAAAAAUUUGUACAGGAAAUGGUCAAAAGAUUUUAAUGUCGGUUUUUUCAGAAAUUGAAAUCGUAACAGCUUGUGUGACAGAGCUAUAAAUCGUUCAUUUUCUUAUAUCAAAGAUCUUUCAUUAAAUUAUUUCAAUGCAGUUGCGGAUGUCUGAAAUAAUUUAAGCCCAACAUAUAUAAAAAGUAUUUAAAAUUUAGCCCGGUACGUCUGCGUUAACCGAGUAUCUAUAUCAUAGCUUUCUUGCACUGGGUGUUUAUAUUCCUUGUUGAUUCAUUAAUAGUACAAUAUUGAAAUGCAUUAGAGAUAUAACAAUAUUUUACAGAAAAUUAGAUGCCAAACUCAAAUUUAUAAAUUGGCUGUUGACAUUUCUAUAGAGAAAUUUAGCAUUAUGGCUUUGUAAAUAGAAAAAGCUCAUAUAUAUGUAUAAAAUAAAUACAGUAUUUAAUUAUGUGCUGUGAUAAAAUGCUUGACAUGAACAUUUUUUUCUGUUCCUGGGCGUUUUCUUAUAUAUUAUAUUAUAUGUGUAUUAUAUUAACUGUUUCUAUGAAAUGCAUAUUAUUCGAUGUUUUAUCAGGGUUUUGUUUAAAGGCUUAAUUUCUUUGUGUUAUGUUUUUAGUAAUUUUAUUUGAAAAAGAUAUCAACAUAGUUAUAACUUAUUUUAUGUGAAAGGCAUUCUAUCAACGCAUAACAAUGCUUGGAGAUAUAUGAAAAUUGAAAGAAGCAUGUAAAUUAUAAAAAAAUAUAGUCUGUAAAAAAUGAAAGUGUUAUCAGAUUAUUUAAUUUGAUGAAUUAAAGCAUAUAUAUUGUACCUGAGUUUUAAGAUUGAAAAGUUAUUCUGGAGCUUAUAUAUAAAUUUUUGAGGUCUAGAAAUGACAAUGGUUGUGUAUAGCAAUUAAAACUUGAGUAAUUUUACGGUGCUGAAGAUUUUUUAAUAUUAACAGAUAUUGUAUAAAUACGUAAUGAGUGUUGUUUCUUUUUGGAAGAUUUUUGUCACUCGCACAUCAACAAUUUUUAAAUGUGUUGCAUAAUAAAGCCAUCUACAAAGUAAAGAAUUUUUAUCUGUAUGAAUGUUACCAUGUAUUCUGGAAGAUCUGAAGUUUUAUCUGCGCUUGUAUUUAAAAAUAAGUGUUUAUUUGGCACAACUCUCUUAUCUGCUCAAAAGUGUUCAUCUGUAAUGAGAGGGUUGUAAUAACAUGUUCUGUACUAACUGGUUUGUAGUGUGUACAAGGCAAAUACCCACACAUUUUUUCAUUACGUACCAAGGUUCCAUGCUCUGAAGUAAUCGAUUCCCUGCAUAUAUAUUUUAUUAUUCAAGUUUUUAAAUAUAUUGUGAACAAAUCUAUUUUGGAUUUUCUGGAAUUAACCUGCACACGAGCGCGCUGACUGGAGUGUGCUUGCGUGUGUGAUUUACGUACUUAAAUGUUACACUUUUUUUCCUUUUCACGUUUGCUAAUGAUUUUAUUUUUGACAUUUUCAAAGUGUUUCAAUAGUAAUAAAAGUUAAAUGAAAAGUUUAUAAUGUAAGAUGUGGUUUGGUUCACGUUAUUUAGUUAUUUGGGAUAUAUUUUAUAUAAAUAUAUAUAUAUAUUUUGCCAAAGAGUAUACAGUGUUUUGAGUAAAAUCCAAUAUCGACCAUUUAUAUAGUAAUGCCAGUUUUUAUGGAUUGUAUUUCAAUAUCUUAAAACUCUUUCAAUUAAAAAUACUAAAUAUUUUAAGAUGUCUUAAUUAGUAUUUUUGCACUUUAACUAGACAUACCACAUUUUAGCAAUAACAAGCCUAAUAACGGAAACAGCAUUGUUACAAAACUAGUUUAUAAAAUAAAAAUGUAUCAUUAAUAUCAAUAAAUACUUUAUUCCUUUAUGACAUGAUCUGACAGUUGUCUGUGUUGGUUUCUCUCAAUCCAAAAAUACCAACAACUUUCCAAUGCCCGUUGUGGGUAAUUUUUUGGAAAAGUGCCAAUUGUUUUAAUAAUAGACAUUUUAAGAUAAAUAUAUAUUCAAAAGAAAGUUAAUUGCUUAAAAAUCUUGAGAGCUGCUAUGAUUCUGAUAGCUGGUUCUCGAUUGUUUAAUCAAGACAUAUCAUUUGUUUGUUUUAUUAUCACAGAAGUCAAUAAAAAAAGAGCCAUUUUUAUCAA